AUGCAUAUAAAGCGUAUUGUUAUACAAGGAUUCAAGACCUACAAGAAUGCCACGGUGAUAGAUUUGCUCUCGCCUCAUCAUAAUGUAGUAGUGGGAAGAAAUGGAUCAGGAAAAUCAAACUUUUUCGCCGCUAUUCGAUUCGUUUUAUCCGAUGCUUAUACUCAUAUGGAAAGAGAAGAGCGCCAGGGACUCAUCCACGAGGGCAAUGGAACCGUAAUGUCGGCUUACGUGGAGAUCAUUUUCGAUAAUACUGAUCGAAGGCUUCCAAUAUCGAAGGAUGAAGUCGCAGUUCGGAGAACCAUUGGUCUUAAAAAAGACGACUAUUCGCUCGAUUCAAAGUCAGCGACGCGUGCUGAUGUGAUGAACAUGUUGGAAAGCGCUGGAUUCUCGCGUUCAAACCCCUACUAUAUCGUUCCUCAGGGAAAAAUUACCGGUUUGACCAACUCAAAAGACGCUGACAGGCUCGCUCUCUUGAAAGAUGUCAGUGGGGCAAAAGUGUUCGAGACAAAGCUUAAAGAGUCACAGAAGGAGAUGAUGAACUCACAUCACAAACGAGACCGUAUUGAUGAAGCGUUGAAGUCGAUCGAUGACCGGCUUUCCGAUUUGCAGAUCGAAUCAAAGGAUUUCAAAAAGUACCAAACUUUGGACAGAACGCGUAAAGUGCUCGAGUUUAAGAUUUUUGACCGUGAGCUUUCGCAGUUGUCCAACCAAAUUGAUGAAAUCAUCGAGAAGCAAGACUCCUUCUCGGGAAAGUUACAACAGGACCUCGCCGAAAUCGAAAAGAGAGAACGUGUAUGCAUCCAGUUGGAAGAAACCAUCUCCAAAUUGAACACCAGCCUCAAGGUAACGACUUUGGAACACGAUCAAAUAAAUUCAGAGGUCAAGCAAAAACUCUCAGAACAAGCUGACAGAGAACUUAAACUUAAGGAAUUAAAGACUCAACUCGAACGUGAUGAGCAGGAGGCUGCUCUGCUGAAGCAUCUGAUUCAGCAUUAUGAACAGCUUGUUCGAGAAUCCGAAAAUAAGCUUCAAGAAUUGCGUCCAAGGUUAGAAAAGGAGCGAAAGAGAGAGUAUGAGAUACGAGCAGAAUUGCAGCAAUUAUCUUCUAAGCAAAGAGCAUUAUAUUCGAAGCAGAACAGGUUCCUGAAAUUUUUUAGUAAAGAUGAACGUGAUCAAUGGUUGCAAGAAGAAAUCAAGACGCUCACCACCGAAGUUGCCGAGAAGGAGGCGAAACUCACCCCAAUAAACGAGCAAGUUUCUCAAAUGGAGGAAGAGAUAUCACAGUUUACUGAGAAGGUCAGCCAGUUGAACGACGUACUUUUAGGUGGCGAUCGGGCUGAUAUAUUACUGUCCUUGCGGAGCAAGAGUAGUGAACUCAAGGCACGUAUCACUGAACUUACCGACAAGCGGAAGAGCCUUUGGAGAGAUGAGAUGAAAUAUCGAAGCAUGCAAGAUUCAUUAGCAAAUGAUCUUCAAAAUGCCGAGCACACUGUUAACCAGACGAUGGACCAGGCACAAGUACAGGGUCUAGCUGCUGUAUCACGUUUAACACAACAAUUGAAUUUGACAGAUUCUGUAUAUGGACCUCUCGCUGAGUUGUUUCACGUUAAUGACAAGUACAAGACGGCAGCAGAGCUCAUUGCAGGAGGCUCAUUGUUCCAUGUGGUUGUCGAUAAUGAUAAAACUGCAGCCAUUUUGAUGGAUGAGUUGAUCAAAACUAAAUCCGGAAGGGUGUCGUUUAUUCCGUUGAACAGAAUGAACCCACCUGUAGUAUCUUAUCCCGAUGGCCAGGUACACAAGUGCAUCCCUUUGAUAAAGAAAAUCAAGUAUUCCGAUGAGAAUCUCGAACCUGUGAUGCGGCAAAUAUUUGGUAGAGCAUUGGUAUGCAGCUCGUUAGCGAGCGGAUCAGAACUAGCACGCCUGUUUAACUUAACUGCCAUUACGCUUGACGGAGAUAGAGCAGACAAUCGUGGAGCUCUCACUGGUGGUUUCCGCGACUACAAGAGAUCUCGGCUCGAAGCUUUAGAAAUUCAGAAAAGAAAGAGAAAUGAUCUUAAGAAGACAGCAGAUGACCUCGAAGAAUGUUUGAAUGCAAUUGAGAAAGUGAAUCAGGACAUUACCGCUACGCAAAACUUGUUGCAUCAAAACACGAAAGAAUUGGAGGGCUUGGAAACAUCCACCGAACCCAUGAAAGAAAAGAUAGCACAACUUGAGCAAAAGAUUUCCAAUAAUCGCCAAUCAGUAGAUUCGCUUAACAGAACUAUUGACACGCUUCAAAGCAACAAGGAAAGUUUACUCAUGCGAAUUGGACUACACAAGGAAGAAUUGAACUCUGAAUUUGCAUCUUCGUUACUGGCACAAGAGCUUCGUGAGUUGGAAACUAUUAAUGCAAGCAUCGCUAAGACGGAAAGCGAUCUUGAUCGUGCUGUAACAGAAACGUCGGAGCUCGAAGCCUUGGUAACCCAGCAUGAAGCAGAAAUAACUGACAACUACAGACCUCAUCUCCACGCGAUCCAGGCACACAAAUCUGCGGAUAGUCACGAAAUAAAACUCAAGAUCCAAGAGGCCGAAUAUGGUUUCAAUAAUGUUCAAACCCAGGUGAGGGAAGUUCAAAGCAGAAUGGAAAAGCUAGAUUCUGAGGUACAGAAGUUGACUUCUGAGCUCGACGACGCCAAAAAGUCAUUGCAGGAAAUGAAUGAGCAACAGCUUCAAACAGCACAACAGAUUGAAGACUUUAGAAAGUCGAACGAGAAAGAUUUGUCGAUGAAAACUGUUUUGGAAGCGAGAAAGGAGGAAGUGCAGAAGAGAAUUCGUGAUUUGGGAGCCAUUCCAGAAGAAGCAUUCCAGCUGGACAAGUACGAAAAGAUGUCUUCGAAUCAGCUCAUGAACAAGCUCACACAGUUGAGUAGUGAGUUGAAUAACUAUUCACACAUCAACAAGAAGGCGGUUGAACAGUUCUCCACGUUCAAUAGACAGAGAGAUGAGUUGAGCUCCAGAAGAGACGAAUUAGAGCAGUCAAGAGAGUCCAUUGAUCAGUUGAUAUCCAAUUUGCAACUGCAGAAAGCCCAAGCGAUCACCAAGAGUUUCAAGCAGGUGGCUCUUAGCUUUAAACAAAUAUUCGAAACUUUGGUACCUGCUGGAACAGGGAAAUUGGUGUUGCACCAUCAGUCAACUAAUACUCAAAACGAGGAGGUGUCACGAGGAAAUGAAACCGGCCUCGAUGCUGAAACGUUGGAUACUCUGUCAUUUGAUGUUAAUGAGUUUACAGGAGUGUCGAUAUCUGUCUCAUUCAACUCCAAACACGACGAGCAGCAACGAAUCGAACAGCUUUCUGGUGGCCAAAAGUCAUUGUGUGCUAUUGCCUUAAUACUUGCAAUUCAGAAAUGUGACCCUGCUCCUUUCUACUUGUUUGACGAAAUCGAUGCCAAUUUGGAUACGCAAUACCGUACGGCAGUUGCAUCCAUGAUAAAUGUAUUAUCGAAAGGUGCCCAAUUUAUUUGCACAACAUUCAGACCUGAGAUGCUACAGGUUGCCGACAAGUUUUUCGGAAUCAUGUACAGCAACAAGGUUAGUUCAGUAGCUGCUAUCGACAAGGAAGAGGCACUUUCGUUUGUGGAGGGCCAAAUAGUCUAA